AUGUCGGAGCAGUGGCCCUCCGGCCAGAACAACUACCAGCCGCCCACCUACGACCCCAGGUACCCACAGCCGCAGUUCGGCGACUACCCGCCGCCGCCACCGGGACUGCCGCCGUUCCCCGUGGCCGCCCCCGCCCCCGGCACCAUCCACAUCGAGACGGAGGAGCCGCACGGCAUCCGCGUGGCCAACUGGCGGUGGACCGAGGUGGGGCUCUUCUUCACCUUCACGGCGUUCAUCGUCAUCUGCGGCCUGGCGAAAGUCGCGUUCCACCACGCCCACUGGCUGUCCUCCCGGCUGCCGGAAUCCUGCUUGAUGAUCAUCAUCGGCGUGGCGGUGGGAGGUGUGCUGUACUUGUGCGGCGUCCCCGAGCCGGAGAACAAGGAGGACAAGGUGGUGCCCGAUGAGUUCCACCUGCCAACCUUCACCCCGAGGCUCUUCUUCCUCAUCUUGCUGCCGCCGGUGAUCCUCGAGUCGGCCUACUCGCUGUACAACCGGGCCUUCGCCGUCAACCUGUACACCGUCCUCCUGUACGCCGUCGUGGGCACCCUGUUCAACACGUUCACCAUCGGACUGCUGCUGUACGCGCUGUCCGAGGCCGGCGCCAUCGGCCGCCUGCCCGUGGACUCGGGGAGCUCCGUGUUCGUCACGCUGCCCGACACCAUGGUCUUCUCGUCGCUCAUCUCCGCCGUGGACCCCGUCGCCGUGCUCGCCAUCUUCCAGGAGGUGGGCGUCAACCAGGACCUCUACUACCUCCUCUUCGGCGAGUCGCUGCUCAACGACGCCGUGACGGUGGUGCUGUACACGACCAUGGUGACGUUCGCGGAGCUGCCCGAGGUGCACGGCGAGCAGUACGUGCUUGCAGUGCUGGCCUUCUUCACCGUCAGCCUGGGUGGGCUGUCCCUCGGCGUGGUGUUCGGCCUGGUGACGGCGCUGCUCACCAGGACCACGGAGGAAGUCAGAGUGGUGGAGCCGCUGGCCGUGCUGGGCAUCGCCUACCUGUCCUACAUCACGGCCGAGCUGUUCCAUUUCUCGGGCAUCAUCAGCAUCAUCGGCUGCGGGCUGGCGCAGUCCCACUACGCGCUGAGGAACAUCUCCAGCAAGUCGUUCACCACCGUCAAGUACUUCACCAAGAUGGUCAGCUCCACGUCGGACGCCAUCAUCUUCCUGUUCCUGGGCAUGGUGCUGGUGAGCGACCGGCACGUGUGGCACACCGGCUUCGUGUCCUGGACGCUGCUGCUGUGUCUCGUCUGCCGGUUCGGCGGCGUGCUGCUGCUGACCGGGCUGGCCAACAUGUUCCGCGUCAAGAAGAUCAACCUGCAGGAGCAGUUCAUCAUGGGCUACGGCGGCCUGCGCGGCGCCAUCGCCUUCUCGCUGGUGGAGAUGCUGGACGAGAACACGGUGCGGCCGCGGCACGUCUUUCUCACCACCACGCUCGUCGUCAUCCUCUUCACCAUCUUCUUCCAGGGCGCCACGAUCAAGCCUCUGGUGAAACUGCUCAACAUCGAGAAAAGCAAGCAAGACUGCCAGAAAACGCUCAACGAGGAAAUGAACGAUAACGUGAUUGGUCACAUGAUGGCCGGGAUCGAGGAGAUAGUCGGCGUCAGAGGGGACUUUUAUAUCCGGCGCAAGUGGGAGUACAUCGACGAGGUGUACCUGAAGCGGAUCUUCCUGCGCGACGCCAACAGGGACAACUCGCUGACCCGGCUGUACGAGAAGCAGGCCCUGGCGCAACACUUCGCGCACCUGUACGGGCCGGUGACGCUGGUGGAGGACCACAAGGCCACCAUCCUCCACAACGGCGACGUGCUGGACGUGGAGGGCGAGGACGUGGGCACGCAGACGUCCACGGAGGGCCUGGCCGGCCUGGCGGACCAGCGCUUCCCCGGCGUGCAGCUGCGCCGCCGGUCGCCGUUCGACUGGCCCGGCAGCGCGGGCGAACUUCGGCGUCCUUCCAGCGUCGCGGCGGCAGCGGCCCGCCCCAGCGCCUACCGCAUGUCCGCGCAGGAGGUGGCCGAGAGCACCGAGACCCUGCGCAAGGCGUUCCGCGCCAGUCCCUACCAGAAGUACUGCGGCCAGUACGGGCGGCACGCGGUGGACGACGAGAGCCUGGACCUGUCGGACCAGCUCAAGCGGCGGCACCUCACGGCGCGCCGCAUCACCAGCAUGGCGGCCUUGGUGCACCGCAGCACGCACGUCAGCGACCCCUCGCUGGGCGCGGCCGGCGCCCUCACGGCGGCGCUGGGACUGGGGCAGCUGCCGCGCCGGCAGGCCAACUCCGGUGAGAGUCCAGUCGGACGCUCUGUCUGCCUUCCUCUCAUGGGCGCCCCGUCGUGCGAGGGAGACAGGACGAUGACGGCGGGCCGUUCGGAACCUAGCCCCAGUCACUUCCUGUAG